AUGGCGCCCAAGAUCGCGAUCAUUUUUUACUCGAUGUAUGGCCACAUCAAAACUCUCGCCGAGGCCGAGCAGAGGGGUGUCGAGGCUGCUGGCGGCAAAGCCGAUAUCUACCAAGUCGCCGAAACUCUUCCUCAAGAAGUCCUCAGCAAGAUGCAUGCUCCUCCGAAAUCCGACUAUCCAAUCAUCACUCCAGCCAUUCUCAAGAGCUACGACGCAUUCAUCAUGGGCAUCCCCACUCGCUAUGGGAACUUUCCUGCGCAAUUCAAAGCUUUCUGGGAUCAGACCGGCGGCCUUUGGCAAUCCGGCGGCCUAUACGGCAAAUACGCUUCGAUGUUCAUCAGCACAUCAUCAAUGGGAGGUGGGCAGGAGUCUACUGCCAUUGCAGCAAUGAGCACCCUUGCCCAUCACGGCAUCAUCUACGUCCCAUUAGGCUAUUCCAAAGCCUUCGGGCUGAUGUCUGAUCUUUCCGAAGCGCGAGGAGGCUCACCGUGGGGUGCGGGCACCUUCGCUGGGGCUGAUGGCAGCAGACAGCCGAGUGCAAAAGAGUUGGAAUUAGCCGAGAUUCAAGGGAAAGGCUUCUACAAUGUCUCACCAGAGACAGCAGACGAGUACCAAGCCGCUGGAGUCGAACUCGAAGAAGCGGGGGAGAAAUGGCGAGCAGGGGAUGCCGCAAAGUCGAUGCGGUUCUUUAUGCGUGCCAUCGAGAUGUAUGAUCAAGGCUUACAGAGAUAUCCGAAGAGUCUCGAUCUGGCUUAUAACAAGGCUCGAGUUCAAUAUGAAAUCGUUACUCAUCCGAUGCUUGUCGGGCAAUUGCCGGCUCCCUUGAUGUCCGUCCUUGAGGAGACUCUGGCAUCUCAUCGAUACGCUCUAGGUCUUGACCAGGACAAUGCUGAUACGUUGUUCAAUACCGCUCAGGUGCUGACAAGUAUUGGCGAAGAGAUGGCUAAGGACGAUUCGGUGUCUGAUGUAUCUGCCGUGAGGUACCUGGAAGAGGCUCUGGAACUUUUACAGAGAUGUCUUGCGCUACAGGGGCUUCGCUAUACUGAAUUCCAGGAGCAGGCAGCCGAGGUGCUUCAGUGCUCAGAGGAAGCUCACAACGAGGCUAUGCCCACGGACGAGGCUCCUGAAACUAAGGCCACUCCAGAUGCUGGACCAGAACAGGAACAAUGGGCUUCAAUCGUCGAGCCUGUCACCAAAGAUACCCUCCUCGACACGGCCCUUGCGCAGCUUGCAACGUUGACCACGUUGUGUGGCAUAUUGGGCUCUUCAGCUCAAGCCCCGAGCGUCCCAAGUCUUGCUUGGAUUGAGGAAUACUCUUCAACGCUGCUCAACGUACAGCUUCCUACCUUGACCGAAGCUACCGACAGAAGUGUGGAAGCUGGUCUUGCCAGGGCUACUUUCGUCUCGGCUAUGCUCGAGGCAGGAUACAGAAAGGGCAGUGUUGACGUUCAAACCUACAGAAGGGAAAGAGAUGCGGCGUUCUCAGCAUUAUCUUCACCUACUACCUCUGAGUUUUUAAUGGCCAAUGUCGCAUCCCUGUUGGCCUUCAACAAUGCCCUGGCUGAGACAGAGAGCCUGUCAACAGCAGAUUCCGACCUUCUCUCCCUGCGGUGGAACUCUUUAGCUACAACCAUUUCCAAUCUCGCCACAGCCUCGAAGCUGCCUGAUAUCGAGCCGGACAGUCUUCCCAAAACACACCUACUCAGGGGCGAUGCGUCUUUAUAUCAGUACCAGCUCUCCAAGCCUCCAUUAUCCUAUCCCCCAGCCCUCAAGAAUGCCGCCGCUCUGCUGAAGAAUGCAGAGGUCUUUUAUCGCAAUGCUUCGAGAUUGACGCAUGAUGGCCAGGAAAGAGACAAAAGCAGAGCUCAAGAAGCUAUCGUAAUGAUACUGGAGGGCAAUGUACAAGGUGGACGAGAACAGCUGAAGACAACUGCAGCGACUCGGGGUGAUGAGUGGUUGCGGGAUCAUAUUGACGAGGUGGUUGCUGAUGGUCUCUUAACCGACGAUGAUAUCAAAGUUAUUGGGUUGAACAAUUGA